GAGCCGUGUGCUGCUCGUGAUACUGGAAAUAUCACGAGGCACAGUGUCGUGGCCGCGGGAGUGGGCGACGGACCCAAGUGGAAGCCUGGGGCUUUGGGACCUCCGACUGCCGACAGCGCGAUGAUGGCACGGUCCUACCACGUGUUCACCGUAAUAUUACCGUGGCUGAUCGAGGCCGUUUCCGCGAAUAAUUGCACCAUCUCGUCGCAUCAAUGCGGCGCCCAUUCCACGUGUCUGAUCUUUGAACCCAGCAACGUCUGUCCGUUCAGCAGAAUGCCGGGUCAGCUGGAGGAGGUCAAGGGCAAGCGAGCCACUUUCGGCAUGGGCUGCUUCUGGGCGGGAGACUCUCUCUUCGGCGCGCUGCCUGGCGUGAUCAGGACCUGCGUGGGCUACGCUGGCGGCACUAAGGAUUCUCCCACGUACAGAGACAUGGGAGACCACACAGAAGUCAUUGACAUCGAGUACGACCCAGAGUUGGUGUCCUACACAUACCUGUUGAGCCUGUUUUGGGACAAUCACGAGUACGGUCUGACGACGAAGAUCAAGAGACAGUACAUGUCAUUGAUUCUGUACCACGAUGACGAGCAGAGAUUGCUGGCUGAAAACUCUCGCGAACACGAGCAACAAGAGCGCGGCGAAUCUUUUACCACAGAAAUCAGGAAAUUUACAAACUUUUAUCCAGCAGAAGAUUAUCAUCAGAAAUAUCGACUGCAGAGUCAUCCGUGGCUGAUUGAGACAUUAGGAUUCGUCACACCGGAAGUAUUGCGUACGUCUGCCUUGGCGGCUAAAUUAAACGGUUAUUUAGCGGGUGCUGGCACUCUAGAACAAUUCGAUAGAGAAUUACCGGGUUUAGGACUGACCGAGAAAACGGCGCAGUAUUUAAAGAAAUACAUUACCGAGAAUCAAGGCAACGGUUUGUAUUGCUAGCAAAUCUAACGAAGGAGUCGGGACACAUUCUUCGUUACUAGACGUAGGCUGAACAUACUCAAUUUUCUUGAAAGAGAAAAUCACAGCCUGAUAUACAUAUAUAUAUAUUACAUUAGAUAUUAAAUAUUUUAAUGUUUUCAUAGUUAUAUUUUGUAUGAAAUUAUUCGUAAUAUUCUGCAGAUUGUGAGUUACGUGACAAUACUUGUUAUUAUCAUCGUGCUGAUAAUGAAUUAGAUAAAUAAUGCCAAUCAAUUCAAUUAAUGAGUUUUGAUCAUUAAUCAAGUUUUAUCACACAUUUACAUAAUUUUAAAGCGGCUGUGAAAUCUAUAUAUAUAUAUAUAUAUAUCAAUUUGAAUAUAUCAAUUGCAAUCUGAAACAUUCGAAAUAUAAUUCAUUCAAAUAAUUCUCUCAAAAAUAUGUAUGUAUAUACAUUUUCAAUUGAUAUAUAUGAUAAUAAAAACAAAAAGGACCAAUGAAUAUUUUUAUGAAUAUUCUGAAGACAAAAACUUUUUGGAAAUCGUAUAUAUGCGGUUUUUAUACAACUUAUAAUAUAUCUUGAAAUUUUCAUCUGAUUCUAUUGGAUUAAAUGUUUGCGAAAAUGACGUCAAUAAUUUACGCAAUAUUACAUUUCGGUAUUUGAAAAGUUUCCAUAACAGCGAUACAUAUAACUUUAAGAAACGUAUUUCAGUAUAUUGACAUGUAUAUGAGGAUUAAGUCCAUUUUAAAAAUAGUUUUAAGUCACGAGGCAAUUUUUGUACUAUAUAUAUAAUAUAAUAAAUAGAAUAAAGAAAAAGAUU